AUGGCAGACUCAGUCAGCCCAAAACAACUCCCCAAAAUCGACACAACAAUGUCGUCAUUCCACACAGAGUCUGUUGAAGAUAGACUUCUCUCAGCAACUGCCACCGUGCUAAAUUUGCCGAGGAAUAGCAUAGAAUUGUUCGACUCCUUCUCAGACUUGGGCGGCGACAGGCCCACAGCUGUCGCCCUCAGGAAAAGGUGCAUGAGCCUCGGACUUGGUCUGAGGACGAGCGACAUUCUACGCUGUCAAACCUUGGCGGAGCUUCAGACCUGCAUCACCCCCUUGGUUCAGACCGCGCCUGUGUCCAAGGACAAGGACUCCGAAGGAGAGAGCAGCACCUCUCCCUCCGAUGUCUUCAGCUCAAGUCCCAGACGAAACAGCGCCUGCUCAACUUCCUCGUGCGAUUCCAGCAACAGCUCCGAUGCGGCACCAAUAAAAUCACCACAUUCCGAAAUCGAACAAUUCAUCCAGUCUACGCCCCAGAUUAGGAGUGCAGCCGUCAUCAGGCCAAAGGCUGGUUUCCUAGAGGGUAAGCUCGUGGCCUUCUUGACGUUGGCGUCGGGCCGGAUAUCGCAAACCAGCCUGUCCAGCAUCCGACUCAUUCCCCAAUCACAGAUGCACUUCGCCGGAAGCCAGGUCGCAGCUGUCCGACUGGCUCUCGAAACCUCGGAAGGUUCUCAUUCUGUGCCAAACUCAUGGAUCGUGCUUGACCAGAUGCCUUCAAACGGAGAGGGCUCCGUCGACCGGAGACGGCUCCAAACAUGGAUUCAGAACAUCAACGAGGACAUGUAUCACCAAAUAUCCAGUCUCGAGUCUCACGAGCUCUUCCAGGAGCCCUUGACCGAGAUGGAACGAGUUAUGCAAAAGAAGGUCGCCGAUGUUCUCCGCAUACCACAACGGCAAGUCGGCAUGAACUUCUCAUUCGGUCAACUCGGCGGCGAUGACAUUUCCGCCAUGAUGCUCGUUGCGGCAUGUCGGACCGAGUCCAUCACGGUGAGACCCGAGGACGUUCACCAAUGCCCUACUUUGGGGCAACUAGCAUCACUCGCAUACCGAAAAAACCACCGCACCGACACAUGGAACGAGGAAUCCACGGAAGGCUUCAAGCUGUCGCCAAUACAACAGCUUUAUUUCGAUACCGGCAUUGGCGGUCGCAUCGAGCAACGAAUGGGAUCAGACGGGGGCUACCGGUUCAACCAAAGCAUAUUGCUUCGCGUCAAGAACAACUCGACGUUGGAAGAUAUCCACGCCGCCAUUGCUACCGUAGUUGGCCAUCACUCUAUGCUACGCGCUCGUUUCCGGCCUGGCGUAGAUGGCUGGACACAGCGGAUCAUUCCAAAAGUCGACGGGUCUUAUGGGUUCCGCUAUCACUCGGUGAGCACGACGGAGGAGGUCAUGGGCAUUAUCGCACAGUCACAGUCGAGCAUUAACAUCGAGACCGGGCCGGUCUUCUCAGUCGACCACUUCCGCACUCAUGACGGCCAGCAGCUUGUUUACUUGCUCGCUCAUCAUCUGGUCGUAGACAUGAUGUCGUGGCGCAUCAUCAUUCAUGAUCUUGAUGAGCUACUACGAGAGGGCACACUGUUCUCUGAGCGUUCCAUGCCGUUUCAACGGUGGAAUGAGCUUCAAGAAGAAUACAUCAGCAGCAACCCGGAUCAGCUAGUGAUGCCUUACGACUUGCCCAGCGGCCAGUACGGAUACUGGGGUCUCGAGGACUCACACAACACCUACGCCGAAAUCUCAGUCGCCAGCUUCACUCUCACCCCGGAACUUACAGCAAUUCUUCACACAGCAUGCAACCAGGUCUUCAAGACUGACAUGUCAGAUAUCUACAUGGCGGCACUCCUCCUUUCAUUCAGCCAGACAUUUCACGAUCGUAGAGCACCCGUGGUGUGGAAUCAAGAGCACGGCAGAGAACCUUGGAGUCAAGACAUUGACAUCACAGAGACCGUCGGUUGGUUCACGUCACUGUGCCCUGUGUCUAUGCCAGUUGACAUGGCCGACGACUUCCUUCACAUCUUGCGCAAGAUGAAAGAUACGAGACGAUCAAUACCUCGUCGUGGGUGGAACUACUUUGCAUCUCGAUAUUUUGGCCCCGAGGCCGCGACUCGAAGCACCGAAGGUUGGCCUUUCGAAAUCAUGUUCACGUAUGCAGGGUCGGUUCAACAACUCGAGCGGGAGAAGGGCGUUCUUGAGCAACUCACCAUUCCUGGAAGGCUGUGGUCAACAGAUGCCGCCGACAUUGGCUCGAGCGUGUCUAGGAUUGCUCUAUUCGAGGUCUCCGCCAUGGUCGACCAAGGCUCGGCUUCCGUUCAGAUCGUCUAUAACAAGAACUCCAACCACCAGGAUAAGAUUGCUGACUGGAUUCAAAUGUAUGAGCACCUGCUAUACGAAGCCAUCGGCAGGUUGCGAUACCGUGGCCAAGAACUCACUCUGUCUGAUGUCCCAAUGCUCGACACGACGUACGAGGGCCUGGCGAAACUCAAUACCGACCGAUUGGUUGCACUCGGCUUAUCUAGUGCUCGGGAUAUCGAGGACGUCUUACCCGUCACAGCGCUGCAGCAGGAGAUCCUCAUCAGUCAAACCCAAGAUUUGGAGACCUGCCACAACAACGCCAUCUACGAGUUAUCAUCGCCGAACGGAGUCUUGGCCGACCAGGCUCAAAUUUGCACCAUUUGGCAGCAGAUCGUAGCCAAGUACCCUGCUCUGAGGACUGUCUUCAUAGACAGCAUUUCCGAGAAUGGUUUAUUCGACCAAGUCAUCCUGCGGAAGUGCUCACCAGAUAUGCUUUUUGUCGACGCAGAAGCAGGAACAGACCCUGUGGCUGUUCUCAAUGCCUUGCCACCGAUGAGUCCGACGCCGUCUAACCCGCGCCACCGAGUGUCAGUGUGCAAGUCGCACGCGAGCACUUUUCUGAGGCUUGACAUUAGCCACGCCCUAUGUGAUAGAAUGUACAACUCAAGCAAGCUGUCUAUGAAGAUGCUUGACCCAUCGCAUGCUGCUUGCGUUCAAUACAUCUCAUCUGCUCGGCAAGAAAACAGCCUCAACUUCUGGAUCGGCCGCCUUCAAGAGACCCGGCCAUGCUUGUUCCCACGCCUGAUGACAGUAAACAACAACACCAUGCAACACACAAACUUUCAUAUUGAAUUGCCGGUGACUCAGAUCGACGAAUUUUGUCGAUCGCAAGGCAUCAGUCGAUCGACUGUGAUGCGCAUGGCCUGGGGGCUUGUUCUACGCGCCUUCACCGGUUCUAGCCAAGUCUGCUUUGGCUACCGCUCAUCAGGCCGAGAUACAGGAAACGCCCCCGAGGGCUUGAUUCUUUCGGUCGGCGCGUUCGAAAACACCACAGCCUGUACAGUCGGGCUCGAAAAUCACAAGUCCGUCGCAACAGUCCUCAAAUCCGUCGAAGAUGAUUCUGCUGUUUGCAGCCGGCAUCAGAACGUACCAAUGUCGGAAAUUCAGCACGCGUUGGGUCUCAAGGGCGACAAGCUCUUCAACACGUGUCUGUCAUACCAAGAAGAGCCUCACGAGCUAAAGAGCCGGUUUAGCUCUACGCGUCCCCCCAUGAGGCUCUCCUGCAUUCAGGCUUUCAACACCCCCGACUUCGACGUUACAUUUUCUUUGACCCUCGUGAACGGUCAGCUUGUCACAGGAGUCUCUCACAGGCUCAUGACUCCUUCCCAAGCUCAGAACCUUACGAAUACUUUUGGGCGUGCUGUUGUCGCCAUAAUCGGAAGCCCGGAAGGCGCGCUCAGCAGUAUCGACCUUUUCACCGACAGAGACUAUGCCCAGUUACUGAUCCGGGACUGGGGAGCCGAGAAUACGACCGAGCCUUUACCUGGCUGUGUCCACGCCCUGAUUUCUCAACAAGCACGACUUCGACCAGAUGCUCAGGCGAUCUGCGCCUGGGAUGGCGAGCUCUCGUAUAGACAGGUCGGCCGCCUUGUUUCCCGCCUAGCCACGUAUCUUACUCAAUGGGGUGUUCGCCCCGGCGUUUCUGUUCCCGUCAUUCUCGACAAGAACAAGUGGGCGGUCAUCAGCAUCCUGGCCGUGUUGAAGGCUGGUGGCUGCUUUGUUCCCAUUGACGCCGAGGAUCGAGCCAAUGUUGAGACGUUCGUCCGCCAGCUUUCGCCCAAGGUCGUCAUCGCAACGGACAUGCUCUGGAAGAAUCUGGAGGCCAUUGUCGAUGGAGUCGUAGUUGUGGAUGAUACGCUUUUUGAAGUUGACUUCUCUCUGGAGGCGCCUUUGCCCAUGGCCGCGCCCAAUGAUGCCGCAUGCAUUCUUCUUUCUCCAGGCUCGUCCCGAGGCAGGGAGGCAAAGGGAAUCAUCUUCCAUCAUGCAGCCCUUUCUUCAGCAUUCCUCACACAAGGUCGCGCUCUUAAUCUUAACCAGGAGAGUCGUACAAUGCAGCUAUCGUCUUUCAAUGUCGAUACCGCCUUGAUUGAGCUACUGUCGACGUUGGUGCAUGGCGGUUGUGUGUGUAUCCCUUCUUCCGUUGAGAGAACCAGCGAUAUCGUCGGCGCUGCUCGAAGGAUGGAAGUCAACUGGUCUUACAUGACACCAGUCCUGGCACGGAAGAUUUCACCCGCUGCGAUCCCCAGCCUGAGGACCAUCUGCUUCAGAACGCGACGUCUGGACGAAGAUACUUGCGCGCCCUGGGUGGCUAAGAAGAAAGUCCUGCUGGCCUACGGUGCUCCUGAUAUCUGCCCUCUUGGUGUUUCCGUCUUGGAGGUCAAGAAAGCUGCCGAUCUCACCCGAGUCGCGCCUCCAUUCCUCGGGAGGUUCUGGAUUGUCAACCCUGAAGAUCAUCGUAGGCUGAUGCCCAUCGGUGCCAUUGGCGAACUCAUCAUCGAGAGUCCCACAUUGGCGCAUCGAUUUGUCCCCGGCCAGCCCUUGGCGCAUCUUCCCCAGGACUCCGAUGUGUCACUCGAGGAUGGCAAACCUCGGACACGUUACUUCAAGACGGGCCAUCGCGUCCGAUACAUGGAGGAUGGUUUGCUUGACUUCGUCUCCAGUGGCCGUGACGACGUUGAGAUCAACGGGCAAGUCAUUCCAGUUGCUGAAGUCGAGCAGAAGCUCCGCCGAUGUCUCGGCCAAGGCGUGGAUCUCGCCGUUGAAUCCAUCAUCAGCCGCGAUGCGCAACCGUCCCUUGCCGCUUUUGUCGAGCUUGGAGAGAAGUUAUUUGAAGGAUCGGAGGACCUUACGAGGAUUACAAUCACCACCAAGGAGCGCACCUAUAUUGCGAAGAAGCUCAUUGAGUCCUCGUUGGGAACUAGUCUGCCCUCACACAUGAUGCCAACCAUUUUUGUUCCUGUUAGACACCUUCCCGUCACACCGUCAUUGAAGGUCAACCGUCGCAAGCUCCAGAAGAUGGUCGGUUGGCUGUCGCAAGAACAGUUACAGGCUCUCUCCUCGGUCACAUCGCCCGAUGAAGUCCGCGUGGUGGGCAUCAAGCCUCUUCCGCUGACCCAGGUUGAGGAGCGCAUGAGAUCGACCUGGGCGAAUCUCCUGGGAGUAGAGGCUUCAGGCAUUCGAGGCAAUCAGAGCUUCCCUAUGCUGGGCGGCCAGAGCUUUCUCGCAGGCCAACUGGUAGUCGCAUGCCGCAAACAGGGACUCAUCAUUGCUCUGCCGGAUGUCCUGCGUGGCGCCACUCUCACAGAGCUUUGCCAAGGCGUAACACUGAGCUCAGACUACGCUCUCGAGACUGCGGAACCGGAACGCAAUGCUGUUCCAUCCCUGGGAUCCUCCUCGGAGAUCCUUUUCGAGGAGCAGUUCAUCAACGAUGUGAUUGCUCCGAAGCUCAAUGUCGAACGAGACGCCAUUAACGAUGUCGCAGAAGCCUCUGCUACUCAACUCAAGUUUCUCGAGACCGGCCUACUCAAAGGGAGCUCAAGCCUCACUUACUUCACCUUCAGCUUCACCGGUGCAAUGCAGACGAAGAAGCUGGAGGCCGUCUGCAUCUGUCUCGCAAAGAUCCACCCAAUCCUCCGGACCGCAUUUGUCUCCCACGAGAGGCGGGUCUACCAAGUUGCCUUUAAGUCUUUCGUCCCAGAGUUCAAAAGGAUCGAAGUCCCGACAUGGAGGGUAUCGGCGAUGACGGAGAAGUUGAUCAAGAGGGAUCAGACUGGCUCAUUCAACUUGGAAGUUCCCAUGACCAAGUUCUUCUUCGUCGAUGCUGGAAAGCAGUCCAAUCUUGUCUUGCGACUUUCUGGAGCGCAGUACGACGACGCUUCCAUCUCGCUUUUGCUGCAGCACUUGAAGAGCAUUUACAUUGCGCCGUCCUGUCCGCCACGGAGGGCGACCUACUUUGACUUUGUGCGCUCUGCUCAAUUGGCUCAUGCUACUGGUGCACAAGAUCACUGGUCUUCCAUGCUGGAUGGCGCCAAGAUGACUCAGGUUGUUGCCCACAGCAGGCCACCGCCAAUGAGCACGAACGUCAAGACGAUCACUCAGAAGGUCUCGGUUAUGUCCUUGGCCAACUUGGGCAUCUCAUUUGACACUAUUGUCAAGUCAGCUUGGGCCAUGGUCCUAGCUAACCUUUCCGGCUCAGGCGACGUUCUCUUUGGUGAGAUUGUCGAGGGAAGACACCUUAGACUGUCGGAUGGAUCCGAUGUUUCUGGCACCCUUGGCCCAGUAUCAAACGCCAUUCCAGUCCGCGUCCGAUUUGCAGAGACUCUGAGCAGCCCCCUCGAGCUCCUCAAGUAUGUUCACGGCCAACGUGUUAUGAGCAUUCCGUUCGAGAACAUGGGCUGGCUCGAGAUCGUCGAGAAGUGCACCAAGCUCCCGUACUGGACGCGCUUCAGCACAGUCGUCGAGCACCGCCAUCAGGAUGCCGCCAAGGAGGCAGCAGUCUUCAACCUCGGUACCAUCAAGUGCAAGUUCAGCGUUCAGGAACCCAUCAGCAGGGACGUGUACGAUCUUCACGUCAUUUCCACGCAAGAAGAUGCAAACAGCGGCGACAUCUCCAUCACCUUCUGCGAGAACCGCAUCCCGAGUUUGUUUGCCAAUGAGACGCUAAAAUCACUCUGCUCUAGCAUCGAGCUUCUCACCUCGGUUUCUAUGCUUCACCCGCUCAUCCCCUCCUCGAUCGACUACUGUGCCGUUCCGCCCCAAAUUCCCUUGCCUCAGCUGGACAUGGAGACGAAGCCGACCAAUGCAGGCUCCAGCAUGUCUGAAGACCACCGCAAAGCCGUGCAGCUCAGCAUCUCAGAAAUUUGGACAAAGGUGCUAGAUCCUAGGUCACUCGGUGUUCCCGAAACACAGCUUCCCAACGCGGCGUUCUACGAUCUUUGGGGUAGCAUGAUGCCCGCAUCCCAACUCGCCGAGUCUCUCACCCAGGAGCUGCCCAAAUCAGGUCUUCCCGGGACUCACAACCUGUCAAUCUCGAUGGAAGAAAUCAUGGCGCACCCUACAAUGGCGGAGCAAUUCGAGCUUGUGGCCCGCAAGAUGCGCGACGCCAAGAGAAGGACCAUUGCCGACGUCCUCUCGCCAAAGUCCCACCCGGCAUGGAGUCGCGGGCUGAAGCGACUUAGCACAACGGUGAUUCGUGAAAAAGCGUCUCACCAGAGCGGGUUGAGCAGCACGAGUGCCAGCUCGUCUAGCUCGGUGGACGCUUAUCGCGGCCCGGCCGCACAGCCACUACCGCCUAUGGACUCUAUCGCCGAGGGUGCCGUCAGCGGUGUAGGCAGCACUCGCACGGGGAGACCAGCGUCGGCUGUUGAGCUGGAGGGCCCGAGGAGGCCGAGGCUGAGCCUUGCGGUUCAGCAUGACGGGAGCAGCAUGGAGAGCAUGACGACUGGUAGCAGUCGAACGGACGAGGAGGGUGAUGAGAAUCGCGAGGUUGCGGAGAAUGAGAAUGAAGACGGCGAUGUAGUUAGUCCUUUGAGUGUGUCGACUGCCCCGACUCCGGUCCGGGAGAGCAGGAUACGGAGAAAGGCGGGGAGUGUACUGAGCAGGAUCAGCCUCGUGAGUCCUCAUGGCCGGGACGUCGCGGGCGGAGAGGUUAACGCCUUGAGAGGCUAG